AUGGCACAGGAGCUGUGUGCCCCAUGCCACAGGAGCUGUGUGCCCCACAGAAGGGGGUUUGGUGCCCCAUGGCACGGGAGCUGUGUGCCCCACAGAAAGGGGGUUCGGUGCCCCAUGGCACAGGAGCUGUGUGCCCCAGAGAAAGGGGUUCGGUGCCCCAUGGCACAGGAGCUGUGUGCCCCAUGGCACAGGAGCCGUGUGCCCCACAGAAAGGGGGUCUGGUGCCCCAUGGCACAGGAGCUGUGUGCCCCACAGAAAGGGGGUCUGGUGCCCCAUGGCACAGGAGCUGUGUGCCCCAUGGCACAGGAGCUGUGUGCCCCACAGAAAGGGGGUCUGGUGCCCCAUGGCACAGGAGCUGUGUGCCCCAUGGCACGGGAGCUGUGUGCCCCACAGAAAGGGGUUCGGUGCCCCAUGGCACAGGAGCUGUGUGCCCCACAGAAGGGGGUUCGGUGCCCCAUGGCACAAGAGCUGUGUGCCCCACAGAAAGGGGCUGUGUGCCCCACAGAAGGGGGUUCGGUGCCCCACGGCACAGGAGCUGUGUGCCCCACAGAAAGGGGGGUUCGGUGCCCCAUGGCAUGGGAGCUGUGUGCCCCAUGGCACGGGAGCUGUGUGCCCCACAGAAAGGGGGUUCGGUGCCCCAUGGCACAGGAGCUGUGUGCCCCACAGAAAGGGGGUUCGGUGCCCCAUGGCACAGGAGCUGUGUGCCCCAUGGCACGGGAGCUGUGUGCCCCACAGAAAGGGGUUCGGUGCCCCAUGGCACAGGAGCUGUGUGCCCCACAGAAAGGGGUUCGGUGCCCCAUGGCACGGGAGCUGUGUGCCCCACAGAAAGGGGGUUCGGUGCCCCAUGGCACGGGAGCUGUGUGCCCCACAGAAGGGGGUUCGGUGCCCCAUGGCACAGGAGCUGUGUGCCCCACGGCACAGGAGCUGUGUGCCCCAUGGCACAGGAGCUGUGUGCCCCACAGAAGGGGGUUCGGUGCCCCAUGGCACAGGAGCUGUGUGCCCCACAGAAAGGGGGUUCGGUGCCCCAUGGCACGGGAGCUGUGUGCCCCACAGAAGGGGGUUCGGUGCCCCAUGGCACAGGAUCCUUGCACCCCACAGUGAGCAGUUCCCGUGCCCCACAGCUGGGGGCCCGGACACCCCAGAGCGAGUGCCCGGGUGCCCCGUGGCCGUGGGGCGCCGCAGGCGGUGGCGGGGC